GGUUACUCCCUCUCUCCAGCGAGCAGGAGGUCUCACAGACGGAGAGAGAGAUCUGAACCUCUCGGGUUGGAAGGGUGUCUCGGCUUCCCAACGGAACCGAAAACGCGCUGCCUAUUUUCAGCUGCGUCAAAGAUCCUGUCUUACGCGCAGUCUGCAAGUUUUUACGCAUUAGAAUUUAAGGAGAACCCAAGGAGUGCGGGUUAAAAAAUUUCUUUAAUGGAGAUGAUGGACCUUACGGUCGAAGUAGUUCUUAUGAAGUAAAACCUGUUGCCAGUUCGACCCGGGCUGGUUUCCAUUUCAGGUUUGCUGGUGGAUGUGAUGCUGGACUCUUGUUUGCGCACUGGCUGGUAGUUGGAGCGAAGUUUGAAGUUAUAGGCCACUUAUUUAGGAGGCAGCAUGCAUGUGUCUCUAGCUGAGGCGCUGCAGGUGAGAGGAGGGCCGCUGCAGGAGGAGGAGGUCUGGGCCGUCCUGAACCAGAGCGCAGAGAGCCUGCAUGAACUCCUCCGCAGAGGUUCGACAGAUCCGUCUGUGUUGGGGUUUAUCAUCUCUCCAUGGUCGCUGCUGCUCAUGCCUUCCGGAAACAUCUCUUUCACGGAUGAAAAUGUCACACAGAAGGAUCUGCGGGCUUUCACUCCUCCAGAGGUGCUGGAGGGUCUCAACCUCUCCUCACUUUCUGAUAUGGAAAAGAUGCACGUGUAUUCACUUGGCAUGACGUUGUUUUGGGGUGCAGACUAUGAGAUACCUCAGAGCCAGCCAAUGAAACUUGGAGAGCAUCUGAACCGCGUCCUGCUCAACAUGUGUGAUGAUUCCACGCUCACCCGACUGUCCGUACGCUCGGUUCUGGACACCUGCGGCGCUCACAUCCGUAACUCCGACUGCGACCCUUCGUUUUCUUACGUCAGGAGGCUGGUGAGACUCGUUCUUGGCAGUCUCUCGCAGCUGGACGGUCUGUUGUCUCAAAGUGAAAGGGAGUCACUUCCAGGGAGAAGCAAAGAGAUUCGUGAACGGCUGCGAGGAAAAGGCCUUCCAGCAGGCCGUAGUGCCGCCCAUCGUGUGCUGGAGCGUUAUAGAACCCGAACCCAGGAGCAGGCCAACCUGAACCGCAGACUCAGUCGCUCUAUGGGCUCUCUUCCCAUCCAGGACCUUGUCAGAGCGGACGAGGGUCUCAGUCAGUACCCCCCUUCAGAGUACCACGCUGGGUCCGAAUCCUCUGCCGAACUGUACCAGCAACGCCAACAACAACAACUGCAGCAGCGCGACCGACCCAUGGAGGUGAACCAGCGUUCACACCCCCAUCAGAGAAACAAAAGCUGGGCCUCCUCAGCAGACCUGGCCUGCCUUGACCCGGAUAUGCUCCGCUUUGGGGCCCUGGAAGACGCCCGCAGGGGCAGCAGCGCUCUGAGCACAUGCUCGGCCGGUCGACACAAGUCGUCUUCCAAGUCCGGGGACUCUCGCUAUGUGGACUUCGGGAGCCUAGAUGUCAGGAAGGCCCAUCACCAUUCGAGUCAGUCCGUCGGCUCAGUGUUCAACAACGCUUACGACCGCAUCAGAGAGAAGCAUAAGAAACUGCAAGCGCUCAAACAGGCCAUGGAUGAUCCGCUGCAUACUCACAGAAGAUACCACAGCGACUACAGCUCCUCCAGCGAAAGCCCCUCAGUGACCUCAUCAGACCCCGACUACAGACAAGCUAAGAAGCCAGAAGAUUUGAGGCGAUACAGCUCUCAGGUCGGCCUGGCAGAACAUGAUGGCGUUUCGCUCAGCAGUGCACAGAGACACAGACUUUUUGAGGCGGGUCAGGAUGAGCUGUUGGGCACAGAACUUCUGAUCCAGCAUCAGGAAGAUUUACACAGGCUCCAGGCCCGGCUGUCUAGAGCCUCUGUCUAUCCUGGUGAAGACCCCCGCGCCUCCAUACUGGACCUGGCGGAGCCCCUUCACAGCAGUCCUUUGGAAGCAGGCCUCCAUCCACGCAAAUCUAAAAGUUUGUUUGGCCCCGAGUUUGUGAGGAUGAGCAGCGAGCCAACUGUGGUUUUAACCGUUCCUUCAUCCAUAAUGAACAAGCGUGGGAAGGUGGAGGAGAGUCAGAGGAAGGUGGGGUUGGUCUUGCUGAAUGGGCAGAAGUUGGAGCUGUGUUGCGAUGUGAAGGCGGUCUGUAAGGACGUUUUGGACAUGGUCGUAGCUCACAUUGGACUGGUGGAGCACCAUCUAUUCAGUCUUGCCUACCUUAAAGAUGACGAGUUCUUCUUCGUUGAACCUGAUGCCAAACUUUCAAAGGUGGCGCCUGACGGAUGGAAGGAUGACCCGAGGAAAAAGAAAACUGAUGUCAAUUUUAAUCUUUUUCUGCGUAUCAAGUUCUUUCAGGAUGAUAUCAGUCUGAUACAACACACGAUGACCAAACACCAGUACUACCUGCAGCUGCGGAAGGAUAUACUAGAGGAACGGGUGCGCUGUGACCUGGAAAAUGACAUGAUCUUGGCAUCUCUGGCACUGCAGGCGGAGUUUGGGGACUAUCAGACUGAGCUCCACGGAAGGACAUAUUUCCGGACGGAACACUACCUCCCUGCUUCGGUUCUGGAUAAGAUCGAUCAGACCACCAUUAAAGAAGAGCUACCCAAACUCCACAGCUUGUACUACAACGCUUCGGAGCAGGAGGCCGAGCUUGAGUUCCUCAAGGUGUGCCAGAGACUGCCGGAAUAUGGAGUUCACUUCCAUCGUGUGCAUCCAGAGAAGAGAUCCCUGACUGGCAUCAUGCUGGGCAUUUACUCGAAGGGUGUCCUCAUCUUCGAGGUUCUGAAUGGAAAUCGAACCCCUGUGCUAAGGUUCCCCUGGAGGGAUACCAAGAAGAUCUCUUUCACGAAAAAGAAGAUUUGCUUGCAGAACACUUCAGAUGGGAUCAAGCAUCUGUUUCAGACAGACAGUCAGAAGACCUGCCAGUAUCUGCUGCACCUGUGCUCGGCCCAGUACAAAUUCCACCUGCACAUGAAAGCCAGACAGAACAACCAAGAACUGCAAGACCUAGAGAACUCUCCUCUGAGCAGUCUGCAGUACUCUGACGGGAUGGGCGCAGUUAGUCUGUCCCCCAGCACAGACCCCGAACUCUACAAGAGGAUGUCCUACUCUGAGAUCUCCCUCAGCAAGAGUUUGAGUCGGAUCUCUGUUCCACCCGAGCCGCCCUAUCAGGGGUUCAGCAGCAGCUCCAACCCCAGGAUGAAGAGUCGUUCCCAUCAUAACCUGGGUCAGCUGCCUGAGUCACCAGAGCACAGGAUGGUGCCUUUCAGUAGCCAAUCACAGAGCGGCAUGCCACGAUCACAAGUGCUUGCAUCAACACACCAACGUGCAAGCUCCGACACAGACUCCAUCGCCGUCGCCAGACAGCAGGAAGGCGCCACGGUCGAUGACAGUCCCCGCUGGAGCCCGGAAAUCUUGAAGAAAGAGUCCGACUCUUCCUCCUGUGAGGACACGGGACAGGCGUAUGUCGUAGGUGUGAGCAUGCACAGCUCUGGAGUGCCCUCUACUCCUGCCUCCUCCAUAGGAAUCACUGACUCCCUGAAGAAGAAAGUAAAUGCCUUACCCUCCCCAGAGCGAGAGAUACAGACCGUAAAUCUGAAGAAAGACGUCAAGUAUGGGCUGGGCUUUCAGGUCGUAGGCGGAGAGAAUUCUGGCCGUCAGGACCUCGGCACCAGCAUCAGCUCCAUCACAUCAGGUGGACCAGCAGAUAUCAACAGCUGUCUGAAACCAGGUGACAGGCUGUUGAGCGUGAAUGAUGUCAGUCUGGAGAGCCUGUCACAUGACACUGUGGUGGAGAUUCUGCAGAAAGCCCCUGAUGAUGUCACACUGGUGGUCUCUCAACCUAAAGAGAGACUGUUUCCAGACUCUCCUUCAGGAAUCCAUCACUAUAAAUCAGCCUCACAAAAUCAGGAAGUAGAGGUCGACUCUUCCUCUGAAGAUCAUACACACUCCCCCAGCCCUCCUCCUGUCUCCAGCAAGACAUCUCCACCUCAGUCGGUUCGACAGGGGAGCAUCAGUUCGCAGGACUCCAGGACCGAGAGUGCCAGCCUCCUGCAAACGAAUCUCAAUGGAUUCCAUCGCAACAUUCCCACUGAGGGUCCCGCACCCGUGCAGUCGCUCGCCGCUGACAGCAAACCCUCUGUUGAAGCUACACCACCAGCUUUGCCCCCUAAAACCAGAAAAUCCAAAGUGCCGGACGUUCCUAAAGAGCUGGAAUACUCAGACAGAGGGGAUUCGGACAUGGAUGAAGAUACAUACUCAAGUAGCCAAGAGAAACAAAAGACUAAAAAGGGCGUUUCUCCCAACAUCGUCACGGAGACUUUAAAUGCUAGUAGCCCAGAAGUCAAUAGCCUCCAGCCUGGAGAUCUAUUUGACGUUGAGCUGUCCAAAAUAGACAGCAGUCUGGGCAUUAGUGUCACGGGUGGAUCAAACACAACAGUGAGGCAUGGAGGGAUAUACAUCAAAGGUGUCAUUCCUAAAGGAGCAGCUGAGCUGGAUGGGAGGAUAAAGAAAGGAGAUCGUGUGGUGGCUGUGAACGGGAAGAGCCUUGAAGGAGCGUCUCACAAACAGGCAGUAGAGAUGUUGAGAGAUACUGGCCAGAUGGUGCAUCUAUUGAUGGAGAAAGGUCAGCCCCCAAAAGACAGCAUUCAUGCCCCUCUGACUCCGCAAGGCACUUCUGAACCUCAGAACGCAGCCGUGGAGGAACCGCCGCCACCACCACCACCACCAAAGAAAGCAGAAUACAACUUCAUUACACCAGAUAACACAUUUGAUGUGGGUUUGCUGAAGAACAUGUCCGGUCUGGGCUUCAGUUUCAGCCGUGAGGAGAACAUUCCCGGAGAGCCUGUGGGCUCCAGCAUGGUCCGGGUCAAGAAGCUGUUUCCAGGGCAACCAGCAGCUGAAAGUGGCUGCAUCGAAGUGGGUGACGUCAUUCUGCGUGUCAAUCAGACGUCACUCAAAGGACUGUCACAACAUGAGGUGAUCUCUGCUCUGAGGGGCACAGGACAGGAGGUGACCCUUCACUUGUGUCGACCUGCACCAGGGGUCUUACCUGAGAUGGACCCUGCCAUUAAAACUCCCGUACCCUCUCCACGAAAAGAACCCCGUCCCAAGCCCCAGCCUGAUCCCAAGACGAGCUCCCCGCCUCAGACGGAGUGCCCUCGGGCGGUGGGUGCUGUGGAAGAGGCUCUGGAGAGGCUGAUGCUGAAGUCGCCCAGUCGCAGAGACAGUUACAGCGACAGCACAGACAACGACGAGCUGGAGGAGGCCUUCAGCCCCACCAACCUGGAGCAGGCCAGUCAAGCCUGGGACCGGAGUGUCUACCAGACCCCCAUGGGAAGACUCCCAGACGAGGCCAAUAUGGAUGACACUGUACGAUCAGCUUAUUACUCACCCAGACAGUCCAUGUCUAGACCGGAUGUCAGCAGAAGGGUUAAUUUAGUCAAUAACACAGAUGUGUCUGGCAUGAAUCACACCGAGGUGGUCAACCUGGUGCGUGCCGCCCCCAAAGUCGUGGACAUCGUGGUCGGCCGCAUUCUAGAACCUCCCAAACCCCCAAUAGAGGCCCACCUCCUUCCUGACAUCAUAUUUCAGUGCCACGACGAGUCCCUAGGUCUUGUUCUCGAUGGAGGAAGUGACAGUGGGUUGGGCGUGCUGUACAUAAAGGACAUCAUCCCAGGAUCCGUAGCCUCUGCGGAAGGCAGUUUGAGGCACUUGGAUAUCAUACAUUAUAUCAACGGCGCUCCGACGCAGGAUCUGACCUUGAGCGAGAGCCGCAGACUCCUGCAGCUGUCACUGAGGAAUCUGAGUCUCAAAGCCACCAGGGAUGGGAAGCCUGUUUUUCCGGGUGAAGAGCAGAUUUCAUUACUAAACAAUAACAUCAGUCCUAAAGUCUCGCAGAGUAUGAACGGUUAUCUCCAUAGCAACGAUCGUAACGAAUUCGAGGCCCUAUCCGGUAUCUGUCCCGCUGAGGAGCAGAUUGUGAAGCUGCAGUUGGAGAAGCCGCCCGCAGGAGGCCUGGGCUUUUCUGUGAUUGGUGGAGAGAGGGGUAUUUUCGUGAAAUCCAUCACCCCUGGAGGCACUGCAGACACUGCAGGCACAUUGCAAGUUGGCGAUCGUUUACUGAAGGUCAAUGAGGAUCUGAUGAUCGGCGUGUCUCACUCUAAAGCCGUCACCACCAUUCGUAAAGCUAAAGGCUUGGUGCACCUCAUCGUCUCCCGUCCAGCUGACCAAAUGCCCAACACGUACCUGGGCUUUCUGCCUCUCAAAUCCAGCGGUGUAAAUGGCAACAACGAUGUGAGUGAGGACAGCGGUGUGAAGACAAAAAUCCAGACGCCAUCAGAGCAAAGCAAGACCAACAACCCACCUCCCCUCCCUCCGACAGACUAUGACACAGGCUCUCUAGAGAAAGGGAAGGGAACAGAAGGAAGUGGUGACCUAUCAGAGGACACAGACUGUGACGGCUCAUCUCUGCCGGAAGACUCCCCAGAGACGUCUCGGAAGGCUGAGUGGAAGGAAGAAAAUGUUGAUGACCCACUCAACGACAGUGCACUGCAGUCAUCGUCGGGUCAGCUGGAUGAGGAUGAGAUCACAUGGGGGAGUGACGAGCUGCCGAUGGAGAACAUCAGCUCUAAAUUUACUGAGGAUGGACCCAUUGUCACUGGGGAAGAGUUGACGUCUCUGCCUCUGGUUAAAGUGGUUCCUGACGGUCAUUAUACAUCCACUAACCUCAACACUAUAGUCCGCAUGAUGAGAGGCCUGCUGGAACAGAAAGUUCCUCUGCAAGAGUUUGAGAACCUGCAGAAUUUGCGCCCCUUGGAUGAUUGUCUGAUUGGUCAGACUAAAGAGAACAAGAAGAAAAACCGAUACAAGAACAUCGUUCCAUUCGACACAACCAGGGUCAUGCUGGGGAAGGAUGGCGGCUACAUCAAUGCCAACUUCAUCAAGAUGCCUGUGAAAGACGAGAACUUCCUGUACAUCGCAUGCCAGGGGCCGCUGCCCACCACGCUGGGGGACUUCUGGCAAAUGGUUUGGGAGCAGAAGUCCAACGUGAUCGCCAUGAUGACACAGGAAGUAGAGGGGGGGAAGGUGAAAUGCCAGAGGUACUGGCCCGACACGCCCCGCUCGCCCGAGAUGGUGGACGACCGGCUGCAGAUCACACUGGUCAAAGAUCAGCACCUGGACAACUUUGUCAUCCGGCUCAUAGAAGUCAAAGACAUCCAGACUAAUGAAAUCCAGAGAGUCACUCAUCUGAACUACACAGGCUGGCCUGACCAUGGAACCCCGACUCAACCAGAACAGCUCCUGACAUUCAUUUCCUACAUGAGACACAUACACCAAUCAGGGCCCAUCAUCACCCACUGCAGUGCAGGGAUUGGCCGAUCAGGAACGCUCAUCUGUAUAGACGUGGUUCUUGGCCUCAUCAGCAAAGAUGCAGAUUUUGACAUAUCAGAUGUGGUCCGUACCAUGAGACUGCAGAGGCAGGGCAUGGUGCAGACAGAGGAACAAUACAUUUUCUGCUACCAGGUCAUCUUGUAUGUGCUCAGAUGUCUGCAGGCAGAAGAGAAACUCUCAGGAUAAAGCGAGGACCCCACUGCCUUCCUGCUCUUCUGACAGGCUCGAGAGAUCAGCUGAAGAUACCAGCGGCUUCAGUCAUCACAAUGUCUGGAAGCAGUUUCUGCGUUUUCCUAUCAGGGGCUUUGACCUCGUCAGAACAAAUUGGUCUUAUGAUGUUUUGGACGUCAGUGACGUGUACAAUUCUUGCAGAAUUUUGUGUAUUCUUAUCGCUUACAUUCUUGACCAUUGGCUGCUAUUUCUUUAAAACCAUUUAUUUGAUAAUUUAUCUUUUUUUC